AUGGAGUCUAUAAAAUACAAAUCAAACGCAAAACGCAGAAAACAAGAUAGAAGAGUUGAAAGGCUUGCUGAGAGAGAGGUCAUAGUGAGGGGUUUUAAAUUGAAUUUGUUGUCCAGAAAACUAGAUCUGCCAGAAACCUUUAAUGAGGUAGCUGCAGCGUCAUUAGCACUUAUUGGGUUUCAAUACAUUUCGCGAGUUGGUGAAAUGAGAGGCCAUUCUACACUACUCAGUGCCUUGGUGGAACUAUGGAGGCCGGAAAUCCACACAUUUCAUCUACCGGUCAGUGAAGUGAUGGUGACGCUAGAAGAUGUGACGUAUAUUUUAGGCCUCCCAGUUAAUGGGGAGUCUGUUACGGUUAGAUCAGACAACAGUCACCAGUUUUUGGUGGAGAACUGCAUCGCGUGUUUCGGUUGGGAGCUCGGUCCGCAAGAUCACAUCUUGGGUACGGUUAAUCUUGCAUGGGUCUGGCGGUACAGAGACACUGAGUCGUGUGACACGCAAGAGUCUGUUGAGCGGUAUGUACGGGCUCACAUUUUCUGCGUGUUCGGAACGGUUGUGUUUCUGGAUAAGUCGACCACUUCACUGAACUCGAAGUUUCUGCCUCUACUUCGGGAUUUCCACCGGAUAGAAGGAUACAGUUGGGGGGCAGCCAGUCUGGCACAUUUAUACAGAUCGUUGUGUCGUGCAUCACGAUUCAACUGUAAAGAGAUGGAUGGACCACUUAUACUAUUUUUUGUUUGGCCAUGGGAGCGUAUGCUGUUCCUGGCGCUUGUUCCCCACGAUCAGCUCGUUUAUGUUGGGAUUCCACUUGCACGACGGUGGAGUCAUUGGCGCCGGCAUAAAAGAUAUAUACGAAAGCCUACUGCGCAUUUUAGGCGAGGACUCGAUGACAUGGGAGUCGACGAUUUUAUAUGGCGGCCGUAUAUGGGAGUGGGGGUUUCGGAUCAGCUCGCUGUCCAUUUGUUUAUGUGCUCCACAUAG